UAAGUAAAAUUCGAGCUGUAAAACGUCUCAGUGUGUGCAGACGAUAAAUGAAACAUGGAGCUGUGAUAGCAGGACGCGGUUAUUAUUUCUGAGAGGAUAUUUGUGAUCGACGUGCGGGGGAUCGAGUGACGGACGAGAAUGAGGACUUAAUCUCCUUAGCGACUCGUCCCCUUUAAAGACAACCAUGGCUGAGCGAAGGUCCUCUGUAGCUGUUCCUCCUCCUGUGGUUGUAGUUGCACCCAGUACGCAGUCAGAAAAGGUCUCCCUCUCCUCCCUAUGACCCGCUUACGACCUGGUCACCAUGAUGGCCUCCAUGGUUGCCAAUGGAAACCGAGAGGAGCAUUCUCUGGUUUUGAAAGAUGUGGAUCCAGAGACGUGCCUGAUUGUGUUCAAGAACCACUGGGCUCAGGUGGUGAAGAUCCUAGAAAAGCAUGAUCCUCUGCGCAGCAGCUCCAAUCUGCCUUCGCUCGGUGUCAACCUCAACCCUGGCUCUUCCGGCGGUCCCCGUUUUGGCCCCGUUCCCGGAGACGAGGCGAACGCAGUGCAGAACUAUGUGGAGCACAUGCUUUUCCUGUUGAUGGAGGAGGACAGUGGUCAGGGUGGCGCCAUGGGCCCCAUCUUGGAGUUUGUGGUGCUGGAGAACGUGAUGGAGCGACUUUUUGUCUGGAGCCUGCGCAGGGAGUUCACAGACGAAAUGAAGCUGGAGCAGCUGAAGAUGUACGAGAUGCUGGUGGGCCAAGCCCAGCAGCCGCUGCUCCACCACAAGCCCGUCCUGCGUCCGCUCAUGAUGCUGCUGUCCUCUUGUUCUGGCACAGCGGCGCCUGCGGUGGAGGCGGAGCUGGUGCUGCUGCUUCACCAGUUGUGCUGCAUCCUGGCAAAGGACCCUUCGGUUCUGGAGCUUUUUUUCCACACCAGCGAGGACCAGGGAGCGACCAACUUCCUCAUUUUCUCCCUGCUCAUCCCUUUCAUCCACAGGGAAGGAGCUGUGGGUCAGCAAGCCAGAGAUGCCUUGUUGCUUAUUAUGUCGUUGUCUGCCGAGAAUGAGCAAGUAGCCAAACACAUCGCAGAGAAUACUUACUUUUGUCCGGUGUUGGCCACAGGGCUGAGCGGCCUGUAUUCAUCCCUGCCCACGAAGCUGGAAGUUCCCAAUGAAGAGUGGCACUGCCUGAACAGGGACGACUGGCUCCGCGUGCCAACCCUCGUACAGUUCCUUAACUCCCUGGAAUUCUGUAAUGCAGUUAUACAGGUGGCUCACCCUAAUAUUCGAGACCAGCUUGUCGGCUACAUCUACAAUGGAUUCCUUGUGCCUGUUCUAGCACCAGCUCUACAUAAGCUGACUGUAGAAGAAGUGAUGACCACCACAGCGUACCUUGACCUAUUCUUGAGGAGCGUCUCUGAGCCGGCGCUGCUGCAGACGUUUCUGUCCUUUAUUCUCCUGCACCGGCAUGAGAGCGUGCACAUCCUGGAUACGCUGGUCAGCCGCAUUAACACCCCCUUUCAGUUGGGCACCGUGUCACUGGCACUCUUCCGCACUCUUAUUGGCUUAUACUGUGAAGACGUGAUGCUGCAGCUCAUUCUGAGGUACCUGAUCCCGUGUAAUCACAUGAUGUUGAGUCAGAGGCGUGUGGUGAGGGAGAGGGACUGCUACUCUGUGUCAGCAGCCAGGUUCCUGGCAUUGACGCCAUCCUGCUGCUCGCCUGAACAUAGCCCCCCGCCCCUCAGACAGCUCGACUCCAUCCUCUGGUACAAAGGUGCUGAAAAUCCCAACAACCCUGGUCCCACAGAAGAGAAAGACUGUGUCCUGGAAGGAGACGGCUCAGGUAACUCCUGUGUCAUCGGCUCGGAAAUCUACCUGGAUGUUAGUUACCUCCAUUACCUGUACGAUGCCCGUCUGAGCAUCAGCGGCUGCCUGCGGGCCUGCCAGGUUUGGUCAGCCCUGUACGAUGGCGAAGACCCCCCUCCUGAGAUGUACCAGCCGGGGGUGCUUGAGGAAUCAGGACUCAAGAGUCUGCCGGCCAUCCCAGCAAUCAGAAAUGUUCCACAGCAGCUGGUAAAGCGUAUUCAGCCCUGUCUGUCCUCCAACACGCCCCUGCAGGAGCUGGAGUGGGACGAUAGUUAUGACGCGUGCCCGGUCCAGGCCGCAGAGGAUGAACGCAAAUCUCCGCACACGGUGGCGGAGCCCCCGAAACACAUCCAAGAGAUGAGGAGAACAGCCAUCAUGCUCGUAAAAGGUUCUUACAUUGAGGAGUCUGAAUUCCAGGACGAUGUCUUGGUUUACGACCUUGUUGCCAAGAAGAACACCAAAGAGGUCAAUCGUGGAAUGCACAAUCCUGGAGGGGUGGAGUCUGAGGGAACCCGACCGGACUCUGCCGACGUUCCCUUGAAACACAGACUACCGCACCCAGUUUCCCCCGCAGGUGAUAAUGGCAAGAAUAGUUUGGACAAAAAGACCAGCGGGGCGGCCGAGUUGGGUGAUGACCUUUUGUCUCAGUAUGAGGAGCUCAUUCGGACACUGGACGCCAAUGCAGGUAGAAAACCAGCGAAAGCUGAUGGAGAUCCACAGAAGCCCAUCGCAGCUAUGGAAGAGGAGGAGGAGGAGGAGGAGAUGGAUUUCACCUCCUUCUCUGCAGACACACCGGAGCCAGAGAAAGUGCAAAUACCAUUUGGAACCAAGGUUCGUGCUGGAAGUCGAAGCCAUUCGGUGCCUUUUACAGGUCCAUUUGUCAGUGUGCUCUUGUCCCGUCUGGAGAACAUGUUGUCCAACUCGCUUCACGUUAAUUUGCUGUUGACGGGUAUUUUGGCCCAGCUGGCAGCCUACCCUCAACCUCUGCUGCGUUCCUUCUUCCUCAACACCAACAUGGUCUUCCAGCCGACCGUUCGAUCCCUGUACCAGGUACUUGCCACUGUGAAGAACCAGAUAGAGCAGCUGGCUGCGAGCACAAAGGACUUUCCAGAGCUGAUCACUGCCGCCCAACACUGGCUGCUGGCCAGAGAGACUUUGUUCAGAGCAGCAGACAAAAGUGGCGGCGGUCACAGAGGCUCCGCUCACAGCGAGUCAGGACGGAUCUUGAGGAGUUCACCCCCACCUAAACCCAAAGCCAUCUCUCUGGAUCGGACAGACGUUUUCGCUACCGUCCUCUUCACAGAGUUCCUCAAAGAGUUGGCUGCCAUUGCACAAGAGCACUCCAUUUUAUCGUACAUUCCUAUGGAAGAGUAACGGCGUCCCAGCAGACCUCUGUGAUGUGUCCGAGCUCAACUUCUUAAGACUUCAAAGCACAACUUUAUAAGGAAUCUUCUUAUAUCCAAUGAUUUUCUAUACAACUAUUUUAAAAAUGACAGAGUAUUUAUUUUCUGAACAAUCAAUUUCAUGUACUUUUUAAAAAAUUUUCCAGGCAUUCAGAUUUUUUUAUUUUUUGGCUGGAAAGUUGUGACCCAUUUUCUGAAACCUGUACCAGCAGAUAAUAAUCCUCCUGAGUGGGCAGCUCCAUGCCACCAACCAAAGAUGGCAGAGAAUGAUUUUAAGUUGCACAGCAGCUUUUAGCGAUUAACUCAGCUAAAUUAUGUGCAAUUUGUCUUCAUGCAAGCCUUCCGAUCCUCCUGGUCAUCGUGGUUCCGCCCUAUUCUGAAUGUUUUCUUCUUAUUUCUAGGAACCAUAACUGAGCAGCGUUUGUGUAUUUUUACAAUUUUGCUUUUGAGCUGGCAGCAGAAAAAUCUAAUUUUCUAUCGUAAAGAUGCAUCAAACUGAUCUUGUUCUUUAGCCUCACGCGACUGUUAUGUGACCAGAGGUGAAAGGUUUCCAGGAAUUAGCAGAUUUCCAAACCUAUACGUUUAUUGUAUAUUGUGAUGUUGAUAUGGCGUGUUUCACAUAUGUGUAGUUAACGUUAGCAUAUGCUAACUGCAACACUGAGGGUGUUUUUGCAUUUUCACUGCAAAAUAUAUGAUGUGUAUCUUCUCUGUGCAGAGAAAAUCUUAUCCAGAGGAAAGAAAUGCGCACCGCAGAGGCACACGGUAGUGUUAAAAGUUUUUGACCUUUGACCGCAUAAAUCUGGCAACCUCUGUAAAAUACAGCCAAUGAGAGUAGAGAUGAGACGGUACGCCAGAGGACAGGCUAAUGUUAACAACAUCUGUGUCAAAAUUAGUUUCCAAUCAACACAGACUUAAAAAAAACAAACAAACAAACCUUGACGGAGAAAUGUCAGUUUUCAAAUGCAGUUUUCCAGUUUGUUAUAAAUGUAAAAUAAGUGCAGUUAUGCUAAUAGCAUGGCUAAGAACAGAUUGCAGUAGGGUGUUGGUUUCCACUCUUGCGCUGCUGUACGCCAUGUAUUGCUUGUGGCCAAUGAAGAGUUAUUGGUGAUGAAAUAAAGUGGAGGCUUUUUGAUGUACCAGGUUGCACCCCAGCCAACGUUUAACAGUAGCUCGUCUCCUUUUAAAUCAAGAAACAAACUAAUUUGAGCACAUAAAACCUUUGUGUUCUUCUUCUGGGUUUGUUCUACGCUGCUUUAUCUGGUUUUAUAUGUGGGAUCACCCCCAGUGUCAAAUGUAAUAGGUAUUAGCCACAGAACUGUUUAUGUACGCGUACACUGGUCUAGAAGACACCAGUGUGCAGCAGUGCAAAAAUAAAAACCAUAUUUACCUACAGGACCUCACUAGUAUUUUGCUUGAAUACUAUUAUAUUAAUUUAAUAUAAACCUUACAUGAUAUACAUAAUAUUUGUCAAGGUAUAAGGAAGUGUGAUAAUUGGUACAGGAGUACGCUCCACAUUCAUAUUUGGGUAAUUCCUGGAAAACUUUCAUGUGAUUAAAACGGCUUGUUUUUGUUGUUAAAUUUCUCACCUGAGAUGUCCUUUAACAAUGUCAUUAAUAUUUUUCUUCUAACUCAUAAUGGUACCUCGGGAGAUUUUUAGUGCACAAUCUCUUACCAGUCCUUUAAACAGCCUUGAGUUGAGAAAUGCACAAUACACUACUAUCUCAAAACAUCAAUAUCUAUAUAAUAACUAAUGUUCUCAUUCUGUAAAACUCUACAGAUCAAUGCAUCAAAAAAAACAAAAAACAUUUGCCUUACUUCAUGUUUUUGUAAUGUACAUAUUGUAAGAAGACGUUUAAUGGCCUUCAGAAUUAUGCAAAUUCAGCAUAUUUUAAGGGUGUAGUUAAGUUUUGCAUUGUGUAUUGUCCAAAUGGGAAUGGUUCUGAUUUUUAUUUUAUAGUUUAUAUUGCCAUGUUUUCUUUACAAUAGUUUUUAGUUGUCAUGGAUUUUCAUUAUAUUCUGUGGAGGCAUUGUGUUUUGUGGUGUUUUUAGUGAGUUUGGCUUACUGCUGUUCACAGAAUUGUAAUUUUACUUCUGUUCAAAUGUAUGGAGGGUAAUCGUUCUUAAAUUAUUUCUAUAAUCAUAGGAGUCCAGCUGAGCUAUUACACGUGGGUUUCUGGUAUGUUUUAAGAUAUUUCCCGAUGAGAUAUUAAAUGAAUUCUUCAGAAAGGAAAUACUUUCACUGCAAAACACGAAAUCUUGCCAAAACAUAUGCAUAUGUGUAAUUCAUAGUCUAAAUAUCAAAUAUGCACUUAAUAUAAGACAAAAUCACUGAAGUAAAAUUUCAGUAAGAUAAAGGACUUAAGAUAAUACUCGUACAUCUUAAAAAACUUAAGUGAAAGAAUCUUGGAAAUAAAGAUCAAAAUGUUUCCUCAGCUAACUUCAAAGCCUUAUUUUGAGUACAGUAUUUUGCAUCUCUAAAAACAAGUAAUUAUUCACAACUGCAAGUUUUGCUUGUCAAGAGAAAUUGCUGUGCGUCUAUGACAAAACCUUCCACAUCCUAAAAUUCUCUCAAAAUUUAAAUUUAUAUUCAUUUAUAUACAGUAAUACCUGCCAAAAUAAAUAUAUAGAUGAAUAAAACCAUGCAUUUCUGAUACAUUUCCUACUUGAAACCCAAAAUUUUGUAAAAACAAAAAAUAUAACAGAAGUCCUAAAAUGCUCAUAUCGCCCUCUAGAUGGUGACAAAAGCUGCUCAAAUAUGCGCCUGCUUAUUCGACAAGUUAACUUUUGGUGAAAAUAAGAUGGACUGACUGCCAAAAAUAAACUUACAGUUGUCCUUUUUGCCCUUAUGGCCAAUUAACUUGUAUCUAAUUGAAAUUUUGCAUGUGACUUUGUCUUGCAGGAAGUUAGAUUUGAUUUUUGAUGAAAAAUUAGACAAAUACACUUGGUAAGAUAAUUGCAUUUUUUGCAGACUUUAAAUUGUUGCCUAAACUUUUUUGUUCAACGUUUUGCAUGUUUGAUAGCAGGUAUGAAUGGCAGUAAUACAAAACUAUCAAUUUCCAUUUU